CCAGCCCUCCAUCUACCAACCGAUCACUGCCAAUCCGUCAAACUGCAACACCGCAAGAACACCGACAAGAUGGCUCUUAACCCUCAAGUGACCAACCUGGUCAUCAUCUUGUUCAUGAUGCAGGUUUCCAAGAAAGUGCCUUUCGAGGACCCCAACGUCUUGAUGGGAGUUCGCGCAUUGUACAUCGUAUCCAACCUUAUCAUUGCCGGCAUCUACCUCUACGUCCAGGCACAGAUCAACAAGAAGAAGGAUCUUACCGUUAUCAAGUACGUCGAGCCCGCACCCAUGGGAUCGACCGAGGAGCCCAAGCCCGUCACCACCACCGUCCACGCCUACGACACUCAGCAGGUUCGUGGCCUGUUCAAGAGCCAGGUCAUGGGUGUUGGCAUGAUGGCUGUCAUGCACCUUUACUUCCAGUACACCAACCCUCUUCUCAUCCAGUCCAUAAUUCCUCUCAAGGGCGCCUUCGAGGGUAACCUGAUCAAGGUCCACUUGUUCGGACAGCCUGCCGUCGGCGAGCUCAAGAGACCCUGGAAGGCAGCUGGUGGUUUCAUGGGAAUGCAAGGUGCUGGUGAUAUCAAGACCGACAAGAAGAGCAUCGAGGCUGCCGAGAAGGCCGGCCGUGGUGGUGCUAAGGAGGAGUAGAGAGCAUCACAAAAGACUGCACAUAGUCGUAAAUGUACGUUUAGGUAGAAAAGUGGUCAAUCAAGGCAUUGAUGGUUAUUCACGUUCAAACGAACAACGAGCGUCUCCCUCGUGCGCUGAACUAUGUUACACAUCUAGCUGUCUGAAGGCCCAACACUUUUCAGGGGUUGCAGUGAUGUCCACGGAGACAAUUCGUCUCAUCGACUCCUUCGCUGGCUCCCUCGAUCUGAAAACUAACUGUGUCUUUUCGCAGCUCAAUGCUGCCGCACAUCAUGACGAGGAGAGCGAAUGUUACAGAACUGGGAGGAUGCUUGCAACAUCUCAUCCUCCCUAUGCG